UGGGUUCAUUCAUAAGGAGGAGGCGGGAGCGACGGGGCCGCCCCGGGGGGAGCCCGGGGGCUCCGCGGCGGGGACAGGAGCCAUCGGCCGAAACCCUGCUCCCCCACGGGGAGGGGAAGCCCUCGCUGGAAUCCCUGCGGGCAGUUUUGGAUUACAGAUUCUAUUAAGGGGAGCUGGGAUAAACGGCUCAUGUGAUCCGGCGGGAUUUGGGGAGGUUUCCAACACCGAGUCGCCUCCUCUGGUGUGUUGGCACCGGUCAGGUCUCCCCGAGGUGAUGAAGAGGAGCGGGUGAUGAAGAGGAGCGGGAUGCACUGGUGGCUUGUCACCGUCCUGGGGGUGCUGAGCGGACCUGCCCGGGGUGCCGGCAGCUGCAGCGCCCCGGAGCAGGGCACCGCGGGGUGCCCGCCCGGAGAGGAGCCCAGCGGGGAUCCAGCGGGGACGUGCCGAGCGUGUCCCCCCGGCACCUUCUCGCUGGGGGACGCGUCCUGCGCCGCUCACACGCAGUGCCGGGCCGGGAACAGGGUCCUGCUGGCAGCGGGGACGGCGGCGAGCGACAGCCGCUGCGGAGCCUGCCUGCCGGGGUUUCACAGCCCCGGAGGGGAGAGGGAGCCCCCGGGCCGGUGCCUGCCCUGCGCCGCUGCUCCCCGCAGCACCCCGGGGUGCCCAGGCCGGCGGCGAGCCCGCAGCCCCGAAAUGCCAGGCCGGGCAGCGGGAGCCAACGGGACACGAGUGACCCUGCUGGGUGAGGAAGAGGAGGAGGCAGCAGCAGCACAGGCAGCCGUGCUGACCAUCGUCCCGGUCUUCUGUGCCAUGGGAUUGUUGGGAAUCCUGGUCUGCAACCUGCUGAAGAGGAAGGGUUAUCACUGCACCGCCAGCAAGGAGCCCCAGCCCGGUGGCGCCGGUGCCAGCUCCAUCUACCAGCUGGAGGAUGCCAACGAGGACACCAUCGGGGUGCUGGUGCGGCUGAUCACCGAGAAGAAAGAAAAUGCAGCAGCGCUGGAGGAGCUGCUGAAGGAGCACCAGAGGCAGCAGCUGAUGCCACCGAGCUGUGCCCCCCUCAAUAAGCUGCACCUCCUGCCUCAGUUUCCCCCCGCCUGCCACCACCAGCAGCACCUGCACACGGUGCAGGGACCGGCCCCGUGUGCCCGCUGUGACCAGAAGUGGCCCGAGGUGCUGCCAUCGCUCAGUGCCACCAAAGUCCCCAAACCCGGAGCUCAUCCCAGCGAGGUGACCAUCCUCUCCAUCGGCAGGUUUCGGGUGUCCCGGAUCCCUGAGCUGAGGAGCGAGGCCGGGGGGGAGCCCCUCCGUGGUCCCCUCCCCGCUGGCAGCGGGAUGUGACCCCGUGAUGGAACGGCACUGAGGGCCCCCACCAGCAGGCACCUGGCCUGGGGGCUGCCUCGGGGGUCAGUGACACCCACAAAGACCCCCUGGAGGGGUGGAGGACACUGGGCGUUGUGUGAGAGCCAGUCCUGCUCAGAGCUGCAAAGUGCUGGAGCUGGCAGCUCAGCUUCUGCUCCUGCCACCAAGGUGUCCAAGAGCAGCACAGCAAAUCCAGCACCUCGCUCAGCUGGUGAGAAGGGUUCUCUGUCCCUGAGGCCUGAUGGUGGCCACAAUGUGGUGGCCUCAUGGAAGGUAACUCCAGGAGCUGCGAUGCCGGUGGUGGUGGCCACAGCAAUCAUCUUCUCUGGGAACCAUGAUGCCACCACACAGCUCCACUGGAAGCACAGAGGGCGCUGGAUGCCAUUUCAUGGUCACCUUCUGGGUCUCUUGAACUCUCCAGGACCAUCAUGAACUCCUGAUUUGCCUUCAUCACCUGGUGCCAGCACUCAGCAUUACAGGAUAAUGAAUCACUGGAUCACAGAAUGACUGCCCUCUUCCCAACAACCCAGCUGGGGCAUGGAUUGCUCUGGGCAAAGCUGGUCUCCUGAAGCCAUCCAUCCAUCCAUCCAUCCUCUCUCCAAAGUCCCAGUUCAGGAGCACACGGUGGUGAUGCUCACCAUGCAGAUGACACAUUUCACUUUCCAUAGGAAUUGCUUCUAUGGGAUCAUGCUGGCUUGGCCGUGUUGGGACCACUGGGAUAACCCACCCAAGGUUGGGUUGGAGACCAUCAGCCUCAACCAUCAACCCAAAAAAAGGGUUUAUGGCUGGUCCCAUUCACCUCCCCACGACAUCACCGUGCCAAAAAACCAACCACCAAACCCUCUCGGGCUCUUUUAUUUAUUUAUUUAAUUUUUUUGGAAACAUUUUAAUAGUUAUCGAAUGUUCUACAUCUUACAGUAAAUAUCGUACAGUUACAAACUCUUGGCUGAAAUCUGUCAGGGAGAUCACGACCUGAUCUUCAGAACCAAAACCAGAACAGAAAACAAAUGGGAAAACAACCCCAAAUUUACACUUCAGAUGGACAAACUGAGGCUGUGGGGCUCUCCAGGGCAUCAGUCCAAGGCCAUGUUCCCUUCACACCUGUGAGAUGUAGACUUGGAAGACGUGGUUACUCUUGGGUUUAAAUUUUUCCUGUUGCUGUUCUUUCAGGGAAAUUAUUUUUUUUUGUAUUUAUUUUUAUUUAAGAUGUCCAAUUAUACUUAAAAAUGA